GCUCUCUAUUCGAGGCCAUGCGUGGUAUAGCGGCAACUUUUCUCUUGAGCGGGAUUUGAAGGUAGCGUAGAAUCAUGAAAUACAAACCAGACACGUGCCAUGUGCGGGACUGCACGGCGAGAUCGACGAAUGCAGAAUCGCAGAUAUUCCCCGUCGCGGGCGACAUGCGCUAUCUGCCAGUGGUGCUAUCAUCAGUAGCAAGAAGAUACCGGAACAAGAAAUCCAAUUUCAUGUGCAAGGCACACUUUCUGCCUGACGACUUCCUGCCAUCGUCGAGUUCCAGCAUUGUGCUAAGCAAACGAGCAGUACCAUGUCUGCAGGUUCCCAGCAGGACUCUCAAGAUGGUCAUUCGUAGCGGGAUCUCUCAGAAAUAUUCCGAGGUAGCCGGUGCUUUGCUUGAAAGAGCCCGAGUCGUUCAAAACGCACAGGAAUCUUCGUCAGAUUCGGACACGCCUAGCGAGCCCAUGGCGUCAUCGGGAACGUGUCAAAGCCCAUCCGCGAAGCCCAGUUUCGGACUCUCAUACGUAGAUUCCGGUCUCGGGAACCUGCAGGCUUCGGAAGUCGAAGCCGCACCGACCUACGAACCCGAGCCGACAGCUUUAACCCUGCAGCAGAGACUCCAAUUGGCUGGCAAACCGAGCAUAAAACGUUAUGCUGAUAACUAUAUUUCGCGCCACGACUCCGGCUUCAUAGACUACAAGCGUUUGAAGAUAUCCGACUCCGAAUCGCCACAGAGCCAGGCGGAGGGCGAUGCGGCCAGUGAAGCAUCCAACGGAAAUUCUCGACAGGUUGAGGAGAUCGACGAUGAAGACGAAAUCGCCGAUGUGACAGAAGUGGGAGUUAUGAUCUCCAGAGACGAUGGCGUCGAGAUCAUGGACGAUGACGGCGAUGAAAUUGAGGAUAUCGUGGAGGCUCACGGUCGACGACGGCCUCUGAUGAACCCGAUUUCGCCAUGCCGCCGAGCGGGUUCCGCUGCUUCUAAGCCGGGACAUGCGGCUUUCAACCACAACCAUGCUCAAGGAAAAAUUCGGCACCUCGACGAAGAUGACGACGAUGAUGAUGAGGAAGAAGACGAACACCAUCGUUCGGGAGAAACGAUCGAGGAGGAUGACGACGAGGACGGAGACGACGGAUCAUCGGAUGAAAAGGACGAAAUCGCCAAUACGGCUAGGUCGCAGGGUCAGAAUAAAGAGGACGACGGCGAUGACGACGACGAGGCCCCAGAUGCUGAGAAGUUGAAGAAGUUUCGUAGACACGACGAAUCACCGAACUCCGUGUUCGCUCAGAAUGCAGAUGACUACGACGAGGAUUUUGAGGAUGAUGACGACCAGCUCCACAAUCGUCGUGGUCGACGUUCACGUCACAACCUACCGGAUCGCCAGCACCGCGCAGAGAAUGCCGAAGAUGAAAACGACGAUGGUGACGACGAGGAAGAACAGGAGGCCGAUGAUCUCCGGGACGGAGAACAUGCAUCAUCGAGAGACGUCAUCGUCCUCCCACCGGAAAAAAUGCGGGAGUCAGCUGGUGAAGCUUUGAGAGACUCGGCUUGA